AUGACAGACCUACACACCCGCCAAUUCUCCCAUAUCGGUGGCACCUCCACCGAACUCCUUGACCGCCUCGCCGUCUCUGAGCUCUGCAAAGGCUGGCCUGUCUACCGCGAUGCAAGCGAAUGGGCCAACUACCGCUCGCUCUUCACCAAGGAUGCCUACGUUUGGACCACUUGGAGCGGCGCACAGCCCAUUGACGACUUCAUUCGCAUAUCAAUCGCGGACAAGUCGUCGGGGGCCUUCAUUAUGCACCGUGAAUGCGGUACUCUCGUUGAGCUGAACCCAAAUACGGGCCGCGCCGUGGGCAAGAUGAAGGCCACUAUCACCCAACGCUUCAAGCACCACGACGGCUACGAAUACGACGUCGACUGUGACUGUCGGUUCCUCUUCUUCUAUGAGAAGGCGAAGGGAGAAAGAGGUGAUGGCACCGAGGGGGAGGAGAAACACUGGAAAGCUGCGUACGUCAAACUUGUCUAUGAAAAGGACAAGAUUGUACCUGUGGACGGGGUCAGGGCACCAGUCUUUGCGGACGAGGUGCUGGCUAGGUACCCUACGGGAUACAAGUACCUCGGAGCUGCGCAGAGUACUUUGGGGUACGACAUUGAUAUCAAGCUUGUCACGGGAGGGGAUGUGAGGGCUUGCAGCAAGAUGUACCAGAGUAUGGAGAGGUGGUUGGAGGGGCAAGAUGGUCCGGUUGGCCUUUUCGAGACUUGA